CCUUCGACAACGCCCGUCUUAACGGAAGCGGCUUCGUUCGAUAUUGUUGAAUUAACGAAUGAGGUACAGCAGUCGGACAAUACAAGUUGCUAACGAACAGAAAACCGUCAGAGGUGGUGAUUCCUACGUCACUUCUUUCUAAACUCAACCAUACGGAAAACAGCCAACGUAUCACCUAAAUGACAAGUGAGAAGCACGAGUUGCCUCCGGUGUCAACGCAAUCUAGCAACCUGUAAUCCACAAUGGAGACCUUUGCGGGUCACGCAUUGCCCGGAGGCUUCUUCGUCCUUUUCGGAACAUGGUGGACCUUCGCGGCGUGGCUCAACUACGUCCGAAGCAAGCAGAACAAGCAACGGUACCUUUGUCAUUGCACGUACGCGGUGCCCUGUCUCCCCGAGAAAUUCAGCGUCGAAGGCGUCGUCAAGAUCAUCGGCGCAUGCGCAUGCAUUGCCAGAGAGUACCCCGCAACUUUCGGAGGCGACCAAUCCGUUUAUGCGGAGAGCUUACAACACCAGACUAUGUACGCAUUUUACCUUCUCAACGGUGUCGUAGACAUCAUGUACAAGGCCGGGUUCCCGUUCCCACGGAACGUGGACUACGUGGCACUGCUGCUGGCCAGUGUCUCCGAGGGCCUGCUGUUCUACUUACACCUGCACGGAAGGGCGCGCCUCGACGUCAUGGUGCACACACUCUUGGUGUACAGCAUGCUUGCCAUGGUGGCCUGCAUCGUAGCCGAAAUGUGUCGACCCCGAAGCGUCCUGCUGUCCCUGGGCCGAGCUUACUUUUGCCUGCUGCACGGGACGUGGCUAUGGCAGGUCGGCUUCAUCCUUCACAAUCCGCUGCCCGAUUACAAACCCUGGGAUGUUGACAGCCCCAUGAGCACGAUGCUGGCCGCCAGCGUAUUCGCGUGGCACCUGAUGGCCUCUGCUGGUCUACGUUGGUGCGUUGGGAGCUGUGGCGUGGGUGGUGAAGCGAACUAGCCUGCGGGUUGGGCCGUGACUUCGACUUCCGCCGAUGAAGAAGAUGAUAAUUUCAGCGAAGAGUUUCGAAAGCGGCGACACACGUGAAUCUUAUCAGAAGGGUAACGGCGCAUGGGCGUCGGCAGAGAGUCGCAAAUACAGUGCUUGCCCUCA